AUGCCGUGUGUCAGCACUCAUCUCGACACCAUGAAGCUGCCUUCCAGCUACAAAGCUGUCGUGAAAGAGCUCCUCAUGGUGGAGCAGAUUCUGUCAGAGUUCAGGCUGAACAAAGAAGAGCUUAAAGAGGUCAUGAGAAGGAUGCAGCGUGAAAUGGACAGAGGGCUGCGCUUAGAGAGCCAUGAAGAGGCCAGCGUCAAAAUGCUUCCAACUUAUGUCUGCUCCACCCCAGAAGGAUCAGAGGUGGGCGAUUUCUUGGCUUUGGAUCUGGGGGGUACCAACUUCCGAGUGAUGCUCGUCAAAGUGGGAGAAGAUGAAGAACGGGGCUUUAAAGUGGAGACGACGAACCAAAUGUACUCCAUUCCUGAAGAUGCAAUGACUGGAACUGCUGAAAUGCUUUUUGACUACAUUGCAGAGUGCAUGUCAGACUUUCUGGACAAACACCACAUCAAGCACAAAAAGCUCCCUCUGGGUUUCACCUUCUCCUUUCCAGUCAGGCAUGAGGACAUCGACAAGGGAAUUCUGCUUAACUGGACGAAAGGCUUCAAGGCGUCUGGCGCAGAAGGGAACAACGUCGUAGGAUUGCUCAGGGACGCCAUCAAGAGGCGAGGGGAUUUUGAGAUGGAUGUGGUUGCCAUGGUGAAUGACACCGUUGCCACCAUGAUCUCCUGCUAUUAUGAGGACCGCAGCUGUGAAGUUGGGAUGAUCGUUGGCACUGGCUGCAACGCCUGCUACAUGGAGGAGAUGAGAACGGUGGAGCUGGUGGAGGGAGAGGAGGGUCGCAUGUGCGUGAACACGGAGUGGGGAGCGUUUGGCGACAAAGGGGAGCUGGAGGAGUUCAGGCUGGAGUACGACCGAGUGGUGGACGAGUUCUCCAUUAAUCCAGGACAGCAGCUGUACGAGAAGCUGAUCAGUGGGAAGUACAUGGGAGAGCUGGUGAGGCUCGUCCUGAUGAAGCUGGUGAAUGAAAACCUGCUGUUUAACGGUGAAGCUUCAGAGCAGCUCAGGAUGCGUGGAAGCUUCGAGACGCGCUUUGUCUCCCAGGUGGAGAGUGAUACUGGGGACAGAAAACAAAUCUACAACAUCCUGUCCUCGCUGGGCGUUCUCCCCUCUGAGCUGGACUGUGACAUUGUGCGACUGGUGUGUGAGAGCGUUUCCACACGGUCCGCUCAAAUGUGCGGCGCCGGACUCGCCGGUGUCAUCAACCGGAUGAGGGAGCGACGCUGCGAGGAGGCUCUGAAGAUCACAGUCGGGGUUGAUGGAUCCGUCUACAAGCUGCACCCAUGGUUCCGGGACAGGUUCCACAAAGUCGUCUGGGACCUGAGUCCUCACUGUGAGAUCACCUUCCUCCAAUCAGAGGAGGGCAGCGGCCGUGGCGCGGCGCUGAUCUCUGCAGUGGCCUGUAAGAUGGCCGCCUGCACGACUGCCCCGUGAAGAGAGCCAUGCACUGACUGAGCAGCGCUGGAGGAAGCUGAAUGAAUCCACAUGUGCAGCUGAGGCCCACGUCAGGCUUGACGACUCCUAGCAGGAGGAAUGUAGGCAGUGGGAGCAUCAAAUCACUUGUUUUAUAGACAUUUUUAGACCCUAUUGUCGUGAUUUUUCAUGUUUUUGAAGGUUAGGAAGAUUCUCAUGGCUGCUCCUGAAUGGUCUGAUGGUGGAAUAGCUGCUGCUUUAUGUCUGUCACUGCUGGUUGAUAGUGCUGAUUGUAGCAUUGCUAACCUUUUUGCAGGAGGUCCUUAAUAAACCAGAGAAAGCUGGUUAAUAUAUAACACACAAACUUUGUAAAUGCUGUUGUAAAUUAUUUCUCUGCCCAAUUGAUUUGACUGGUUUUGUAAUUCUUUGUGAGCAAUGAAAUAUUUCUUAAGUAUUGUUUAUUUAAAUGUUUUGUUUACAACAUUUACUUACUAUGCUAGCGUGUUCUGUAUACGUGUUUUGGAUAUAAAUAGGUUUAACUGUAAAUAAAGCAGAAUAAAAAUAAAA